CAGUUCAAACCAGUCGCGAACCUUGGCGUACGUGUUAUAUAUCUUUUGACUUGCAGACGAGCGAGCCCGACGAGACCCGGCCGGCGACCUGUUCUUUCAGAGGUUGCUGCCGCUUCUUGGUCUGAAGGAUCCAGGCAGGCAUAGUGCCGCGUGCAUAGAUCGGAUUUGAGGAUGUGGUGCUGCAGUGGCGCAGAGGAGGAGCCUUACAGCGCCCCGGCGGCCGGCAACCUGGCCGCACCGCCGCCGCGAGCACCAGCCCAGCCGAGAGGGCCGAACGUGCCGAGAACCGGCGCCGCGACUGCGGCCAAGGUGCUGCCCAUCGACGUCCCGGCCGUGGCGCUGUCGGAGCUGAACCGGCUCACGGGCAACUUUGCGGACAGGGCGCUGGUCGGAGAAGGCUCCUACGGUCGCGUGUACCGCGCGACGCUCAGCACCGGGGAGGCCGUGGCGGUCAAGAGGUUCGACAACGGCAGCUCCUCCGGCCAAUCCGAGGCUGAGUUCUGCGAACAGCUAUCCGUGGUGUCCCGGCUCAAGUGCGAGCACUUCACCCAACUGCUGGGCUACUGCCUGGAGCUCAACAACCGGAUCGUGCUCUACCAGUUCGCCACCAUGGGCUCCCUCUACGACAUACUCCACGGGAAGAAGGGGGUGAAGGGCGCGGAGCCCGGGCCGGUUCUGACGUGGAGCCAGCGUGCCAGGAUCGCGUACGGGGCCGCGAGGGGGCUGGAGUACCUGCACGAGAAGGCGCGGCCGCCGAUCGUGCACCGUGACGUGCGCUCCAGCAACGUUCUGGUCUUCGACGGCCACGACGCCAAGAUCGGCGACUUCAACCUCACCAACCAGUCCCCCGACUCCGCCGCGCGCCUGCACUCCACCAAGGUGCUCGGCACGUUCGGCUACCACGCCCCAGAGUACGCGAUGACGGGACAGUUGACGCAGAAGAGCGACGUGUACAGCUUCGGCGUCGUGCUCCUGGAGCUCUUGACCGGGAGGAAGCCCGUGGAUCACACCAUGCCCAAGGGGCAACAAAGCUUGGUCACUUGGGCCACUCCACGAUUAAGCGAGGACAAAGUCAAGCAGUGCGUGGAUCCCAAGCUGAGCAACGACUACCCGCCGAAAGCCGUGGCCAAGCUCGCGGCGGUGGCGGCGCUGUGCGUUCAGUACGAGGCCGAUUUCAGGCCGAACAUGACGAUCGUCGUCAAGGCUCUCCAGCCCCUCGUCAAUGCCCGGCCAGGAGGAGAUCACCAGUAGCUAGAGAGAGAGAGAGAGAGAGAGAGAGAGAGAGAGAGAACGUGCUGUGCUAGUGUCUUCGCCCUCUGCGUCAAUUUAGCACUAUUCGUUCGACCAAUUGUUCCAAGCGUUAGCUGUAAUCGAGCGAGUUCUUUUUAACUUCUGUAAUUCUUGUUUAUGACACUGUUGUCACAAGAAAUGGUCUGCUUGACCUUAAGAGUGUAAUUCCACUGUUACAAACGAUGCCUAAGUAUUCAUAUAUGGGAUGUAUAUGCAUCAU